ACUUCACCGGUAUAUACUAUGAGGUUUGAGGUUAAGUCGCAUAUCACGAUAACAACAUUUUCGAAUUGUGUCCUAUUUGUAUUUCGUCAGAAACGGUAACGUGUAUGUAGGAACGAAAAGACGAUCGAAAGAAGAAAAAGAAACAGUGAAGUAGUGUAUCGAGUAUAUCAGUGUUUACCGGCGAAAGCCGUUUUUUGAUUCUAUUAUUCACCCACGAAUAAACGUAAAAUGAUCGGAAGACUUUUUACGAGAAGUAUAGGAGUUGUGAGAAGUUCCGUAACCCCAUUCAUAGAACGUGGAUCAAUCAGACCGAAUCUUUGUCUCAUGCAGGCACGUCACAAAUCGUAUACACCGAUAAACACUGUUAUUAUGUUUGUGCCACAGCAAGAGGCAUGGAUAGUCGAGCGAAUGGGAAAAUUCCAUAGAAUUCUGGAGCCAGGCUUGAAUGUUCUUGUUCCCAUAGUCGAUUGUGUGAAGUAUGUUCAGAGUCUAAAAGAAAUAGCGAUAGACGUGCCUAAGCAGAGCGCAGUAACUUCGGACAAUGUGACAUUGGAUAUAGACGGAGUUCUCUAUUUACGAAUAAAUGAUCCUUAUCGCGCGUCUUAUGGAGUGGAAGAUCCAGAAUUUGCAAUAAUCCAAUUGGCUCAGACAACCAUGAGAUCAGAAUUGGGAAAAAUAUCAUUGGACAAAGUAUUCCGGGAGCGGGAAGGUUUGAACGUUGGAAUUGUUGAAAGCAUCAAUAAAGCCAGUGAAGUUUGGGGAAUCACUUGCCUUCGUUACGAAAUUCGUGACAUAAGAUUACCAAAACGAGUACAAGAAGCUAUGCAGAUGCAAGUCGAAGCUGAACGUCGAAAAAGAGCAGCCAUUCUUGAAUCCGAAGGAGUUCGAGAAGCUGAGAUCAAUGUGGCUGAAGGAAAACGACAAGCAAGAAUUCUUGCAUCUGAGGCCGAACGCCAAGAACAAAUAAACAAAGCCAGUGGUGAAGCAGCAGCAAUGUUGGCAAUUGCAGAAGCCAGAGCUCGAGGUUUGAAGAUAGUUUCGAGCUCUUUAACACUGCGUGACGGAAAAAAUGCAGCAGCUCUUAGUAUUGCUGAACAAUAUGUUCACGCUUUCAACAAAUUGGCAAAAACCAAUAAUACUCUCAUACUUCCGAGCAAUGUGGGAGACGUAUCCAGUUUCGUUUCUCAGGCUAUGAUGAUCUACAAACACGUCAUGCCGGCUGCCAAGGAAAAUUUCGACAAUCAAUCCCCGAUUGAUGACCAUUGUAAUGCAAAUACGCUGCCCAUCGAAAAUGGACGCGAAUCUGAUGAGGUUUUCGAAUAUUUUAGUGACAAGGAAGAAGCUGACAAACAUAAAAAAUCCAGUAGAACCGUGGAACCGCAUUCUUCCAAUUACGUGUAAAAUGUAAAUGUGAAUAAAAUUUUUCUUUUAUUACUGA